AUGAAAACCACAUAUCUUUACAAUUUCUAAGUUUGUAUGAAAAAGUAUGUUUGUUGGUCACAUUUGAUUUUACUAUGUUAAUCAAUAUAUAACGAAUGCAUGUGUCAUUUUUUUCUCGUGAAAUAAAAUAUAUUAUUUUAUCUUUUUGUUUGACACACAACACAAGUAAGAAAAUUACAUCCCGUGAACAAAAUGAUUGAUGUAUUUUACAUUUUCACUCUUCAAGCUAGGAUUGGUUCAGAUGCAAUCCCAUCGGUUCAGUUAGAAAGAAAUUGGUAUUUUAAAAUUGAGUUAAAAUAAUACUCCCUCUGUUCCACAAAGAUAGACUUUUUAGUAUUUUCACAUAUAUUAAGAAAACACAUUAAACUACCAUAAUAAAUGUAUCGUUUUAUGUAAUUUUCAAUUUUCAAUAACUUUUAACCAAUAGUAAUUCAAUAAAGUCAAUUAAUUUUCUUGAAGUUUACAAUUUUUCAUAGAAAACACAAAAAUACAUCUUUCUGAAACAAACUUUUUUUCUAAAAAGUCUAUCAUUAAGGAACGGAGGGAAUAUUUGUAGCAUCUUCUCGUCGAAAUAUGACACAAACUCGAUCAGUUGCUUCACGCUACCUAAACCAGCCAAGUCUCUUCAAAGACAUCGAGAUCCCAAUUUCACAUAGCUGCUUCAGUUUUCACUGAGAUCCCAAAUCUGAAAAUAAAUUCAGAAACGCCUCUUUGGGCUCCAAGAACUUACAUUUCCAUCAUGCACCGAUAUUCGGGAUUUGAUUUGUGGCCUACUUUGGCAUAGAUCCCGAGACUUCUCAGAGGGCUUACCUUUUUAUCACGCUGAGAGAUGUUGUCUCUGCUGCUACGAGAUUGAAUAUCGAUGGUGCUUCAGUGAUGCAGCAUCGCAUUGCCAUUGUCGCUGAAACAAGUUUUAGAGAAAUGGAUGCAUCGGUAAGCUAGUCAUGAAGCGUGUCAGAUAUUGCUCUUGAUGAUCAUAUAAUUUAACAUCAGAUAUCCUCAUUACAGCCUCAUAGUGCUCUAAGCACAUAUUAUGAUUAUAUUUGUAGACUUACAUUAAAAAAUUAUAUAAUGAAAUUUGGAGAUUGUUUUUUUUUUUCAUUUAUGUUCUGCAUUUUAGUCACUGAGGGACAAAGUUUGGCUAGAAUACAUAUUUAUAAGAUAACAAAUGUCAAACACUCUGGCCCUGCCGCAGAGAAGAGAGUUGUUUGGGAUCAAAUAUACAUCUCUGAGAGAAGUGGAGAUUGUGUUAACACGCAUGUAGAUAAAUCUGAUCUCAAGUUCCACAUUCAUACAUUGUUCAGUGAUAUGUAUAUCGCAGUCCAAGAUCUAGAAUACACAUGCACAUCUCCAUCCAACGAUUAACAUUUUACACAAACUUAUGCUGGACUUUUAUGGCCAGUUCUGUGUGAUCAAUAUCUAAAUAUUUAGAGGGAUCUCAUCUGAAAAGUGCAGCGUGAGACUGCAUUUUAUAUUUAGAGGGAUCUCACCUGAAAAAGGCAGCGUGAGACAACAUCAUUUUGAUUGUAGACUUUUCUCACAGACACAGUUAGUAGCUUAGUCAAUAAUGGGCAUCCAUCAAAUUCUAGAAGAUGCAAAGAACUUAUGGUUUCCUUAAAGACUAUUUUUUGGUUAGAGAAUGCUAAUUAUUUGCUUAAUGUAUUAUGGAUAUAUUUUUUAAAAAAAAAAAUUGUGAAUGCAAAUAUGGAACAUUUGAGGUUGAGGAAUAAAAUAGCUUAUAUAAACCAAAACGAAGAAAGAGUAACAAUCAAGAUGCCAGCUCUGGACAAUAUAUUUCCAGCUCUUGGUUACAAAUUAAAGACAACCAUUUGCCACUUAGAUAUGCCUCAUGUUGACUGAUAUUUUUAACAUGAACAAUUAGUUAUGAUUUAUUUUUAGAAAAUAGUUGUUAAGACUUAGAAAACAAACAGUAUAACAUACCUCAAUAUAUUUACCCAAAAAGGAACAAUAAACAAAUUUACAUCCUAAUAACUCCUAAAAUCAGCUAAUACAAUUUAUACUAUAUACAUAUAUAAAUACAUCUACAUCAACUCAACAUUCUCACCAAAUCAUCUUAUUUCGAAAUCACAAUAAACAAACAUACACCAUUAGAAAGGGGCAAGAAUCACAAUACUUACAAUAUGGCAAUUCAAGUGUCAAAGAAAGUUGCUAGUGUUUUGAUUAUUGUAAUUUUAUUUACAAUAAUUUUUUCAGCACAAGUCUCUCAUUCUAAAACGAUAGAUGUAGGAUGUGUAAAAAAUUGUAUUGUGAAUCAAUGCAUGAAAGCAUCAAAGAAGGCGACUCCAACAACAUGUGACAAUCCAUGCAAGACAAUAUGUACUACAACGGGUAUUAAUAGUUACAUCGUUCCACGAGGCGGUGGUCGUGAUCCAAUAAAAACAUUUUGCAUAACAUUUAAAUGGUUCUGCAACAAUUAAUAGAGAAGUACAUGAUUGUAUAAUUUCUAUGUAUAUGUCAUAUAUUUACAUUUUCAUAUCAAAUAUCGAUUAAUAUCUCAUGUAUGUGUUUAUUUUUCUUCCCAAACAAAAAAAAACCUAAUAUUUUGAAUCAUGGUAUAAUCACACUGAACGAUUAGUUGAAGACCUAAGCUCUUAGAAGUUGUUCAUGCAACCAACACAUCUAGCUGAUUGUAAUGAAUAGGGGUUCUCCAUCAAUAUUUCAAAAAUCAACUCAUCAAAUAGUUGUUUAGAUCAAUACAUUGCCAUAAAUUGCAACCUAUAGAAACCUAUUAAAUUAUAUAUCCUCAUUAAGCUAACUCAUAGCAUGCCGAUUGGUAUUCAAUUUAUGGUAGUGUGUUCUAUCUAAUAUUAGGCGUAACACAUGGUAAAUCUAUCGGGAAUUAAAAUAAUAAGCCUUCUCAAAAACUUUAUUCAAUCCAAUUUCUGGCAGAUAUUCCUUCGACUACCGACACUGGCUUGUCUCCUUUAUUCUAGCAUAUGAUAUAACAAAUUUGGAAAUCUUUGAAAGACCAAAGUACACAACGUUAGUUAGUAAUAUAAGAAAUGAUUUUCCUUUUUUCCUGCCUUGAUACGGUGGUCAAGAAAAGCUUGAUGUAGGGACGAGUCUUGAUAUCCUUCUGCAUUACGCUUGCUUCAAUGGUACCGAUAAUUCUCUGCCGGCGGUCUAUUUGCCGUAUGUUGUGUGUGAUGUUGAUACUUUGGCUGGAAUCGCAAGGAUGUACCAAUUGUGUGAUCAAUAUCUAAACAUUUAUUGGGCUCUAACCUGAACAGUGCAAUGUAAGACUGUUUCAUUUGGAUUGUAGGGUUUUCUACUUGCAGAACUCAACUUUGAUAGUUAUACCAAUUCCAGUCAGUUAGUAGCUUAGCAUAAUGGGCAUCCAUCAAAAUCUAGAAGAUGCAAGGAACUUUUGGUUUCCCUAAAGACUAAUUUUUGGCUUAGAAUGCUAAAUAUUUUCUUAAUGUAUGGAUAUUGUGAAUGCAAAUGUUAGCAUUUGGGGUUCAUGAAUAUAACUUACCCAACAACAAAGAAAGAGCAAUAGUCAAGAUGCCACCUCUGGAAAAUAUCUUUCUAGUUCUCGAAUACUUGGUUAUAAAUUAAAGACAAUUAUUUGCCAGUUAGAAAUGCCUCGUGUAAAUUGAUAUUAUUAGUGUUAACAAUUAGUUAUGAUUUAUUCAUAAAAAAAAUAGUUGUUAAGAUGACCAAACAAUAUAAGAUACCUCAACAUAUUUACCAAAAAAAAAGAAUAGAAAGCAAAUUGACAUCCUAGUAGCUUCUAAAAACAGCUAAUUAAUACUAAUAUCACUAACAUAUAUAAAUACAUCAACUCAACAUUCUUACCAAAUCAUCUUAUUUCAAAAUCACAAUAAACAAACAUAUACCAUUAGAAAGGUGUAAGAAUCACAAUACUUACAAUAUGACAAUUCAAGCAUCAAAGAAAAUUGCUAGUGUAUUGAUUGUUGUAAUCUUAUUUACAAUAACUUUUUCAGCACAAGUCUCUCAUUCUAAAAUGCUAGAUGAAGGGUGUGUAAAAAACUGCAUUGUGAAUCAAUGUAUGAAAGCAUCAAAGAAGGCGACUCCAGUAGCAUGUGACAAUCCAUGCAAGAAAAUAUGUACUAAAGUGGGUAUUAAGAGUUACAUCGUUCCACCAGGUGGUGGUUGUGAUCCAGUAAAAGCAUUCUGCAGAACAUUUACAUGGUUCUGUGACAAUUAAUAGGAAAUAAUAUAAUUGUAUAUUUUCUAUGUAUAUGUCACAUAUUUACAUUUCCUAUCAUUAUGUAUCGAUUAAUAUCUCAUGUAUGUGUUUAUUCUUUUUCCAAUACAAUUCUUUUUAUAGUUUGAAUCAUGGUAUAAUCAUACUGAACCAUGAGUUGAAGACUCUAAAACUCUUGGAAGAUGUUCAUCUCAACACAUCUACUAGAUGAUUGCAAACGAAUUUGUUCUCAUUUACUAUUUUAAAAUUUCAAAACAGAAAAAAUAAUUGUUUAGGUCAAAACACAGUGCUAACUCAUAGCAGACCCAUUUGUAUUCAAAUAUUGUAGUGAUUCACUUUACUUCUAUCUAACAUUUAUUUCUAUCUAACAUUAGGCAUAACACAUAACAAAUCUAUAAAAAAUAAAUGAACCAGCCUAAUCAAAAACUCAAUUCAAACCAAUUUCCGACAGAUAAUCUCCUUCACCCUAUUUUUACCAUAUGAUACAGAAAAUUUGGGAACGUCGAAAGAUCAAAGUAUACUAUGUUAAUAAUGUAAGAAAGGAUCAUAUGAUAAUGAUAAGGUGGUCACGAAAAGCUUAAAACUGUAUUUCAGGGAAAUAAUAUUUAACGCGGCUCCUUCAGUAAUCAAAGUAACAUGCUAUUAAAAAAGAAAAAUUCUUGGAACCUAUAAAUUGGCUAUUUUAUAUAUAAUUUUUUUUCAAAAAAGGAAACAAAAUAUUUAGAAUUUAUUUUUUUAAAUAAGAGAAUAUAAAAUAAAUAAAAAUGUAUAAUAACAAUAAAAAAUGAUUUUUUUAAUAUUGUUAAAAUCGUUCAUACUAAAUACUAAACCCUAAAUCCUAAACAUUAAACCCUAAAUUUUUAGGUAAACCCUAAACUCUAAACCCUUGGAUAAAUACUAAACCCAUGGAUAGACUCAUAACCCUUGGAAUAUCUCUUUACCCAAGGGUUUAGGGUUUAUCCAAGAAUUUAGGGUUUAAUAUUUAUGGUUUAGAAUUUAAGGUUUAGUAUGAACAACUUUAACAACAUUAAAAAUAUCUUUUUUUUAUAGCUACUACUAUCUUUUUUUUAUAUAUUACCUAAGGGUUUAGGGUUUAUCCAAGGGUUUAGGAUAUAAGAUUUAGUAUGAACGACUUUAACAAUAUUAAAAAAAAAUUUGUUUUUUAUUGCUAUUAUAUUUAUUUAUUAUUUAUUUAUUUUUAUCUUUUUAUUAAAAAAAUAAUUUGUAAAUAUUUUAUUUUCUUUUAAAAAAAAUAUGUAUAUAAAAUAACCAAUUUUCAUUGGUCGGUGAACCUAUAGUUAUUUCGCUGAUGAAUCCAAAAAUUUCUCAUUAAAAAAUUAUUUGCUUUAUCGGUCUCUAAAAAGUAAAAUGGGCUUUUCUGAGUGGGCCUCAGUUCAUGUCAAGUUACCUCCAUACCCUUCUUCCGGUUUUUCACAAAUACCACGCCAACGGUUGUCUUAAACCGGUCAAACGAGUUUACGAAGAAAGGGCAAAUCAGUCACAAACAUAAACAAAUGUCUGUCUCGGACAUCGCGAAGCUACCGUUCUGUGUUCACUCUGUACAACACCCUUGUCUGCUUCUCCCUCGCAUCUCUCUCUCUCCUCCCUUUCAAAUAAAGUUUUCAACUUUUCUUCUCUCUCUCCUCAAGAAGAAGAAACCCACUGAUAAAGAGAGAUUCUUCCUCUAUCAAACCCGUAAACUCCUGAAGUCUCCAGACCAGUCGUCGGUUUGUCUGAACCUUGUCCAUUGUACGGUGAGAAGUUUCCGGUAAGAGAGAGUCUAGAACCCUAGAAGAAAGUAUGA